UGAAAUAAAUAUUUUUUCAUCUUUUUCCAUUUAUAUACCAAAACAGUGUUAUCGCGCCUAGCUAGCCGAUACGUAACGCGUCUCGUUAAUCUCUGUAGACAUUUAGAUGCUCCCAGUCGCGCCAUGCUGAAAUCAACCUUCACUCCCAUUUUCUGGGCACUCACCCCCAAACCCAAACCCAAUUCCCCAAAACCCCUCUCUCACUCAAUCACCACAAACAGCACGCCACUCGUUCGACACAACGCCUCUCUCAACCCCGCCACCGCAUCACCCCCUUCCUCCGCCUACAUCCACCUCCCUUUCUGCCGCAAACGCUGCCACUACUGCGACUUCCCCGUCGUCGCCCUUGGCUCCACCUCAACCCACCCCCACAACGACCCACGCGUCUCAAACUACAUCCACUGGCUCUGCCGCGAAAUCACCGCCACCAGAGCAGGCCCACCCCACACACCACUUCAAACGGUCUACUUCGGAGGCGGAACGCCCUCGCUGGUGCCUCCUAGGUUGGUUUCCUCGGUGUUGGAGACCCUCACGGCGAAGUUUGGGAUCCGUGAGGAUGCUGAAAUAUCCAUGGAAAUGGACCCGGGCACGUUUGACGCUGAGAAGAUGCGGGAGAUGGUGGUGUUGGGCGUGAACAGAGUGUCUCUGGGGGUUCAGGCGUUUCAGGAGGAGCUCUUGAGAGCGUGUGGGAGGGCCCAUGGGGUGAAAGAGGUUCAUGAGGCUAUUGCUGUUGUUAAGUCAUGUGGGGUUCGGAAUUGGAGUGUUGAUCUCAUUGCUUCAUUGCCUCAUCAGACUCGUGACAUGUGGGAGGAGACUCUCACCCUCACUGUUGAGGCGCAACCCACUCAUGUUUCGGUUUAUGACUUGCAGAUUGAGCAAGGGACUAAAUUUGGGCGCUUGUAUUCACCGGGGGAAUUCCCAAUGCCUUCUGAAACGCAAUCAGCUGAGUUCUACAAGAUGGCUUCAAGAAUGCUUGGUGAUGCAAAUUACAAUCAUUACGAAAUCAGCAGCUACUGCAAGAGUGGAUAUGAGUGCAAACACAACUUAACGUAUUGGAAGAACAAGCCUUUCUAUGCCUUUGGCCUUGGCUCUGCUAGUUUCAUUGGUGGGUUGAGGUUUUCAAGACCAAGGAAGGUGAAUGAUUACUUUAAUUUUGUGCAGAAUUUGGAAAAUGGAUUAGUAAAUACCUCUGUUGAUGGCCAAAUUCAUGGCAAGGACACAGCCAUGGAUGUGGUGAUGCUGUCUUUAAGAACUUCACAAGGCCUAGACUUGAAGUGCUUCCAAGAAUCAUUUGGCAGCUCUGUUGUUUUAUCUUUGCUUGAGGUUUAUAAACCUUAUGUUGAGAGUGGACUUGUGGUUUGCUUGGACGAGCAUAGGAAAAGCAUUAGAGUAGAUGACCUUAAUAAUGCAGAAAGGAGGGUGGCUUAUAUAAGGCUAAGCGAUCCUGAAGGUUUCCUCUUAUCAAAUGAGUUAAUAGCCCUUGCUUUUGGGGUUAUUGACUCUUGGAAGGAUUUCCCUUCAUACCAAGAAGCAGAAGCUACUUGAAAGCAGGACUAUAUCUGUUAAAGGAACACACAAGUUAUAGCUGAUGUUAUUUACACAAUUAUUUUGUGCCUAUAUAUGCAGAGCAAAUAUUUUUUUUUGGAUAAACAAAGGUAUCCAUUAACUAAAAAUUAAGGAUUAAUCUUUUAAGGUAUCGGGAUCUAUUUAAGAGAUUGAUUUCCCCCUCCCAACAAGUAUUUGUUGCAAGGCGCGGAUGGAUAUUCAAACACUAGUGAUGGGCAUUCAUACAUUUGGUUGACAUAGAUCACAUGAUAUUCAUAACAAA